AUGGCUGCCGGUGAUGCUGCUAUUCCCCUGCAGCUGCUGAUAGAAGAUGAUGCUAGGGUUUUCUAUUACCUAACAGAAGGAGGGUGCAAGUAUAGAAAAGCCUAUAAAUAUAAUCAUAGUAGGAUAAAGGGUGCAAUCUCACCUGUCUUGGAUUUUAACUUUCUUAGCCUGCCAAUUCGACUGAGUGAGAAGGAUUGCCCCUACUACAUGCGCACUAGCACCUGCAAGUAUGCAUCUAAUUGCAGGUUUCACCAUUCUGAUCCUACUACAGUGACCGGAAACAAUCCUUCCUUUGGAUACAACAAUGUUGGAUCUGCUCCAGAACAAAGUGCCUCCUAUUCAUCAGUGUCUUCUUGGUCUUCACCACGCGCAUUGAAUGAGACAGCUCCUUUCGUACCAGUGGAAUAUCUAGCAAGCGAAGGCAUUUUUCCUCUAGGUCCACAAAGGAACAGAUAUCGAGUGCCGCUUUUCUCCGUCCGAAAAUCUCCAUCUGCUCUAGGUGGGCGCGAGCUAGAAUCCUGA